AUGUCCCGCCAGCUAGUAACCCAAGCAUUCGAUACAGACGAACCCGAAAUUGACUCCAAGGCUACCAAUUAUCAAGGGAAAGAAAAUGAACUUAGUUCUGAGAAUGUUCACACCUCAGACCCUAACGUCCUCAUCCCUUGUGCUGCUACAGCCUCUAUGUUCCUCUACGCUCAGGGAACCUCCAUUGUGUGUUGCCAUCAUGAUACCCUGGCUAUAGAAAAGACAUUUAGCAAACAUGCGAACGAGGUCAUAUUGCUAGCGGUAGACAACCACAGCAAGGCGGGAAGCGGCAGACUUGUUGUCAGCUGCGACGCAGGCCAGGUAGCUAUAGUGUGGGACUUACUUACUGGUGAUGAAAUCGCACGAUUUGUAUCAUACGAGCCGCUGACUGCCGCUGUGUGGAUGAGAAAUGGAAUCGUCGCGCUUGGUAACACAAAAGGUAGCAUCAUUCUCUUUGAGCCCGCCACUUCAGAGCAUAUCACGAUACGGACUCUAGACCAGAUUAAAGUAACAGCAUUGGCGCCUUUGGCUGAUUGCCAAACCUUUGCUAUUGGAUAUGAAAAUGGCAGUGUCUGCAUCGCGACUCUCCACUCGCGAUUCAGGGUUUUACACAAUCUCACAACCUCACAAAGACCUUCACCUAUUGUUACACUCUCAUGGCACGCGCUAUCACCGAACCAAGAUUCUUACAAGUUGGCCACACAAGCCCGAGAUGGCGACCUACGGGUCUGGUCUGUGCCUAAGGGCCACAGCGAUGACAAUUACGAUCCAUCGAGGGUUAUAAGACGAAUGAAAAAGCCGGAUGACCAUGCCGUCGGCCCCCAGUGGAUCAGUUGGUCCAGAGACGGUCGCAUCAUCCAGUUCACUGGCAGUGAGACAAUAUCGUGGGAUGUCAGGACAAAACAUGUCUCUAGGGACUCUAUUCCCACGUUAGAAAAAGUCCGCGGCAUCGCUAACUACGGACCCAAUGGCAAACUGUUUACAUUGGGCACCGAUAACAUGGUUCAACAAUUUGAUGUCAACCACCCAUCCAUCAUGGUGGCCAAUGUUCAACACCCUAAGCAGACGGUUAAGGAAUUGGUCGGUUCUAUUAGCAGUUUCAAGGCCAAUACUACCAGUGUUUACAGCAGUAGUUCAGAGAGUGGUGACGACAAGCCUGGGGAGAACGAUAAGGUUGAUGAAGCAAAUGAGGACGUCGGAGAACUCAAGGAAGGUCAACAUGCCGAAUAUGGCGAAGACGACGUCAAGAGCUUUCAAUCAUCUACUUUUGAUCUGGACAUACGGAGCAAAGUGACGCGCCCGUCGACCGUGCCUACGUCGCACCCAAGCACUAAGCCUCGACUGCCGCCUGAGGUGUCCAACAUCGCAGAAAGCUGCGAUAUGGUUGUAGGAGAACGAACCGAGGUCGAAGCCGGCGAUGGUGAGGGUUUCAGAGAUUCUCAUACCCCGGCUGACGGCGAAGCAGAACAGCAGCAACCCCCUACUGAUGACUGUGACGCAGAGACCACAUACUCCAUCGACAGUCGCUUAAAUGAUCCAAAACUGCAAUAUCUGCAAGUCUUUACGGAACAGCUUGCCGACGAUAUCAAGUCUGCGUCUGACGAUUUGAGUAUCGAGGGGAUCGAGGCUGAAUGUCUCGAUUCAGUAUUGAGAGAGUUCGCGUGGAAGCUGCACGGGGAGUCUUCGAACCCGUUUGAAUGGGAGGCAUCUGUGGUUCUUCAUCGAAAGCGAAAGAAUAUCGUUGAGUUACUUGUCUCUCACCCCUCAAAUCUUGACGAUACGGGAACCGAGCUGCACACAUCUGGUUCAAGUGAGGAUGGGGAGAGUGAUGAGCUGGCCGAGCGCACGCUAUUUAGUAAACCAAGGGCAAUGGUCAUGCAGUGGGUUGGUAAUGUUGAGAUAUCACCAAUCGCAGCUGAAGAAUGUACCCAGGGCAUGGAUGUCGACCUCGAAAAGCAUAUCGCUACCCGAUUAUCGAGUUACAGGUCGUUCAUCAAAGAAUCAGAGGCCUAUAACUGGCUCCUAAACAAGAUUCGCCAGUAUGAUCAACUGGACUUUCAAAACGCCGAGGCAAUGUUGGAAAUUGGGUCGAAGAUUCGAAGUCAGCUGAGAGCGCAAGAGCCACUGCGCAAGAUGAGCAGCCGAAAACCCCUUUCCUUGGUCAAGAUGACGUUCAAUCUCGACUGGGAUCCUAUUCAGUUCAUUAAAGAUGCAGGAAUUGAUUUUCUGUUUGAUCAACAGUUUCCAAAUGUCCUCUGCCUGACAGGCUCGUGGAACGAGGCACAGGCCCUAACUGUGGCUGAGUAUACGAGCCAAACAUGGCCUCAAUCUGGACAGGCUCUGAUAUCUUUGUUACAAGAGCUUUUAUCACAUGUUGAGAACAGAGAACCUGCUGCCCGAACACCGGACUGGUGUAGCAUCAGCUUCCAACAUAAACAUGGUCAGGGGACGGGUUACUCACUACCAACGGGAGCACAGCUCAUGCUUAGUUUUCGGUCACCAUCAUCAUGCUCUAUCUCAGUUACUGGAUGCGUUUCCUUCGUCUCUGAGAUUGCUGAACAGAUUGGAUGGUUGGCCUCGGCCCUUAGGGCUUCCUCAAUUAUCCAAGGCACGGUAGCUUGCACUCCUCGCAUUGGAGAUUUUGAGAUGACCAUACAGGACGAAGGGACUCAGAAGUUGAUGGUUGUAGGAUCAUGCAACCUGACCUUUGACUUGGAACCUACACAAACAUCCAAUCCGACUUCCGGGUCCUGCUGGGGUCGUCUCUGUUGUAAUGCGAUGCUAGUGCAUGGCUAUCCAAUCGCUCGACGGUCAGAGCCAAAUACGGGGCUUGAGAUGUCCUUAGGCAAUAUGGCCAUUAUCGUUGGGUCGAACCAAAUAGUGCAUUGGAAUGGUAGAGUCAUCAUGAAAGGAUUCAGUAUGCUCCUGAUAGCAACGCUCGCAGCUACCGAUAUAAUCGUGUGGCAUCUCCUCGUCAGCGAGAAAGCCGGCGAGAGAAUUUCAUAUAUUGAUCCUCGGCUCGACACGUUAGGAAUCGAACCCUCAAAGGAGAUUUCCCUUCGAAUGCUCGAACCCAGCCGCCAUGUCAUCGGAUGGUGUUCCAAAGUGACGGACUUGUGCGGUGAUGCAACGGCAAACCAUGAUGUUAAAACAUCUGGACUAAAAAGGCCGCCGGCGUCUAUCAUCAUAGACCGUCUAUAUCUCGAAGCGGGGUCAGAUGUAGUCGGUGGUCUCAACAUGAGCUUCAAUAAGAAAGAGCAGCCAUUCUGGCUAGAAAGGGAAAGCGACUACCCCAGUCUGCUUAAGUGGAUGGCCGUUCAGCCUAUCCUUUUCUAUGAUGUGGAAGACUGCCGUGCAUGGCUUAUUGAUGGUGCAUCAGCACUGCUCUAUCUUGUUCGCAUCUCCCUACAUCUAGAGGAAAACGACCCGGAGUCGACAUAUGACUGGGUAUUCGACGCUAAAAAACUCAAAGAUAAAUGGGACGGGCUUAUAGGGCGUCGAGCAGCACUACAAACUCUUAAAUCCUGGGAUAACCUCGACCUUAACGUUUACGUCACCGGCAAGCGACGCCGAAGCGAUGGCGUAUCUGAGACACAAUAUUCAACUCUCGAGACGCGCAUUAAGAAGAUACUCCACUCGAUCGAGAUCUUAAUCGACCGGCAGGCCAAGAUGGUAUCUCAGGACGGUAUACGAAUUUCGCAGACAUUAAAUCUUCGCCGUAAUAUUACUGGCUUUGAUAUCCUAGAUGUCCUCACGCCACUGGGCCCCAUCCUACCUCGAAUCAAAUACCUAGACUCAUGGCGCGGGUUCGGAAGCCUUAUACGUCCUGAUGAUCCCGAAGCGGCGUGCAAAAGUUGGAAGUUUGUCCCCGAGGGCAUGGACUACAUGACUGCGUCUGUGUCGACGCUACAAAUGCUCUACGAAAGGCGCCUCCUGAGGAUGGACCCAGGCCUGGCGGUGGGCCAUAUGACGAGUAAGAUCGUAUGGAGUUCGCCCUGCCACCCUUUCAGCCCUUGCGAGUGUCUCAAAAACCAAGAAGGGAGCAACAAAGGCAGUAGUGAUGAGAUAGUGGAAGAGAACUGUCAUGCUGAUCCGGUACAAUUUCUCGUCAAGAAAUCUUGGAAGUCACGUAUCACCCUUCGCGGCACGACGCCUGUAAACCUGGCGACACUUGAGGGCAAAGGAGCGGUGGUUUUUGGUCACAUUCCAUUCUCAAAUCUCAAGAAGGAAGGGAACCCCGUGUCUGAAGAACAUGAUGAAGAUGAAGGUGUAUCUACCCCUCCUACCCAUGCCGAGACUGGAGGAAUACUACUACCUCCACGCAUUGCCUCCACUACAAGCGAUUCAACUGGAUCAGCUGGGUCAACAGGUAUUACUGUGCCGAGUUUAGGGACGUCAAGUGCUGCUGAGAGGCGGGAUGACGAUAGCAUAGGACAUCGUGCGAUUACAGGGGAGAGAAGAAAGAUAAAGUGGUGGAAGGCCUUGAAUGAGCGUAGAAGGAAAUGA